AUAAAAAUACACAAAAAUUUGAUUUCGCGCUCCCAAGGUAUAAUUUUUCGCCGGUUUUUGCCAAAUUUUGACCAAAUUUGGGGUCGAACAUGUGAUUUUCUGUGACCCCGGGAUAUGGCAACAGUCAAAGCAGCCAUGGCCACCGACCCGAUGACCCAAAUGAACCACUACCGGUCCUAUGUGACCAUGCUCGCCGACUCGAGUGCCAAGGACGAGAUCAAAUUGAAGGCUGCACAGGAACUCAGCGAGAAUUAUGAGUUGAUCGUCAACUCCCCUCAGUAUUUGAUGUUUUUAGAGCAUUCAAUUAAAAUUUUCAUCAAAAUUCUAAGUGAGGGAGAACCCCACUUUAUCGCCGAGUACAAUAUUCAGCAAGUCCGAAAGUUGAUCCUUGAGAUGAUCCACCGUCUUCCUACCAACGACGCUCUUCGGGUCCAUGUGAAGCCUUUGAUCUCUCUAAUGUUCAAAUUGCUUGAAACUGAGAACGAAGAGAAUGUCCUAGUCGCUCUAAGGAUCAUUAUCGAGCUCCACAAGCAUUACCGACCAACCUUCGGCCCCGAAAUCCAGCACUUCUUGAAUUUUGUCAAAUCCAUCUACCUCAAUCUUCCUAAUCAUCUGAACAAAAUCUUUGAGCCGAAGCCAAUGCUGCGCGUCAAAGAACUAGCAGAAAUUAAUUUGGAAGCUCAUCUGGCAGAAACGUACACCGUAACAGCCAUUGUCAGCGAAAAGAAAACAGCAGACGGAACUCCGAUUACGUACAACCUGAUUCCGAAAGCCAUUCACUCCCUCAAAGUGCUUCAGGAGCUGCCGAUUAUUGUUGUACUCAUGUACCAGCUUUACAAGAACAACGUACAGAAGGAGGUUGAAGAGUUUGUUCCUGUAAUCAUGAGCACAGUGACGCUGGCCCCUGCUCAGAACCACAGAGACAAUCCGCACUUUAACAAAGAAGUCUUCGUAGACUUCAUGGGCGCCCAGAUCAAGACCCUCUCCUUCUUGGCUUACGUUGUUCGCAUUUACCAAGAGACUGUCAGCCAGCACAGCAACUUGUUGGUUCAAGGGGUGCUCGGCUUGCUCACUCUUUGUCCACCGGAAGUUACACACCAGAGGAAAGAGCUUCUAGUUGCCGCCAGACACAUUUUGUCAACUGAGCUGCGAGUCAAGUUUGUGCCUUACCUAGACCAGCUCUUCGAUGAGAAAAUUUUGCUUGGUGGGGGAUGGACUGCCCACGAGACUCUGCGGCCUCUAGCGUACAGUACCUUAGCAGAUUUGGUGCAUCAUGUGCGUCACCUUCUGCCAGUUAAGCACUUGGCCAGCGCUGUGCAUCUCUUCUCAAAAAACGUUCAUGACGAGUCGUUGCCCACCAACAUACAAACCAUGUCUUGCAAAUUGCUGCUAAACCUGGUUGACCUAAUACGCCAGCGGAGCGAGUCGGAAAACAACAUAGCCCAGGGACGUCAGAUACUGAUGCGAAUGUUGGAGGUCUUUGUCCUCAAGUUCAAGACCAUCGUCAAGCUCCAACUUCCGGUCCUGGUGAACAAGCUGAAGCAGCCAAAGGAGGAGAUUAAAGUGGCCGACACAAAGGACAUCGAGAAGUCAAAAUUCGGCUUCCCACCGUCGCAAUCUCCAAACUACAAUGUUGCAGACUGUCGAAGUCUUGUCAAGACUCUGGUCUGCGGCGCAAAGACAAUUACCUGGGGCUGCGCAGCCUGCAAAACAACAGAGACUGGGCCCAAGUUUCAGGCUAAGGAAACGCUUGUUUUUAUAAAAUUGGUCAAAUGGGCAUUGCAGGCUCUGGACAUUUACACUCUCGGAGCUGCUCAAACCAAUCCAAUGCAGGCUAGAGCAACAGCCAUUCAAACUGUCCGUAGCAAAGAAGAAAGAGAAGUUCUAGAGCACUUUGCUGGUGUCUUCACCAUGAUGGACUCCCAGACAUUCCAGGAAAUUUUCUCCACCUGCAUUGACUACAUGGUGAACAGAAUAGCCAAGAACUCGGCCUUGCAGAUAAUUGGCAACACCUUCUUGUCCAACCCUACAACUUCGCCUAUCUUUGCCACUGUCUUGGUCGAGUACCUGCUAAAACGGAUGGAUGAGAUGGGUCACAAUGCCGACAAGUCAAAUCUUUAUUUGCGACUCUUCAAACUGGUCUUCGGUUGUGUUUCUCUAUUCCCAGCUGAGAACGAGCAAAUGCUCAAGCCACAUUUGCAUCAAAUCGUCAACAGGGCAAUGGAGUUGGCACUCAGUGCUCGUGAGCCAUACAACUACUUCCUGUUGCUUCGAGCUCUUUUUAGGUCUAUUGGUGGAGGAAGUCAUGAUCUGCUAUAUCAAGAGUUUUUGCCCCUGCUGCCACAUUUACUUCAAGGUCUCAAUGGCCUUCAGAGCAGCCUCCAUAAGCAGCACAUGAAAGACCUCUUUGUGGAGCUCUGCCUCACUGUCCCAGUGCGUCUGAGUUCCCUUUUGCCUUACCUGCCCAUGCUGAUGGACCCUCUGGUCUCGGCCCUCAACGGCAGCCACACCCUGAUAAGUCAAGGUCUCCGAACUUUGGAACUGUGCGUCGACAACCUGCAGCCUGACUUCCUCUAUGAGCACAUCCAACCCGUCAGAGCUGACCUGAUGCAGGCCCUGUGGCGCACCUUAAGGAACCCUGCUGAUCAAGUAGCUCAUGUGGCUUUCAGAGUGCUCGGAAAGUUUGGUGGUGGCAAUCGGAAGAUGAUGAUUGAGCCUCAGAAAUUGGAAUACAGACUGUCGGAUGUGAAUGACCCAAGCAUUGUGGCCUCCUUCCCGGAGUGCAAGACCUUGAUUGCGCUGCCAACCACAAAGAUCAUUGAGACGGCCUUCAACGCCAUGAAGAGCAACACGACUGACCCAUUCUACAGACGACAGGCCUGGGACGCUGUCAAGUGUUACUUGGUAGCUUCUCUUAAUUUGGACGAUGACAAGGCCAUGCUGGGCAAGUUCCUCAUGCUGCCGUCUUUCACUGAGAGCAAGAUUCCAUCCCCAGGCACUCCUCCCUAUCAGUCCACAGACAAAGAAGCAAGGAAGACCUUGCAGACAGCACUCACUGCUAUGUUUGUUGCUGCGGCCAUCAAGGACCUUCGAGCGCAGGUUUUGCCUUUCCUGGUUGCAAUUGUGCGUCAUCUGACUCUGGUGGCGGUUGCCCAAGAGGCAGGACCGCAGCGCCGGCAGGCCUCAGGAAUGGAUCCUUUGGUUCUGGUUGACGCACUUGCUGUAAUAAUGGGCCACGAGGAGAAAGAACUCGUCAAGCCUGGCAACUUGGCUUUGGUGCUGAUCAUCGAAACAAGCUCAAAUGUGCUGGGAGGCAAAGAAAGGGCCUGUCGACUGCCUCUGAUGCAGUAUUUGGCCGAGAAAAUGUGCAACCUAUGCUACGAGCGAGCGUGGUUCGCCAAGGUUGGCGGAUGCAUUGCCAUCAAGGCCAUGGUGCAGCGAAUGGCACUCAAAUGGGUCUACGAGCACCUAUUUAUGUUCCUGCGGGCUUUGCUCUUUGUAAUGAUGGAUCUCACGGGAGAAGUGUCCAACGGCGCAGUGGACAUUGCUAAGAAUCUGCUGGAAAAGAUGCUUGUCACCUGUGUUGCGCCUCCGCCUGCAGAUUCAACUGACAGGGACGAUCUGCUUUCUGUUCAAAGGAAGAGCCUGGACGAAGUUACUCAUGAGCUUACUAGACAAGUUACUUCGCCCAACACACUAGUUCGGCAGCAAGCGAUGCAUCUUCUUAAGCAGCUGGCUGAACUUCAGGGCACAACAGUGACCGCAGUCAUGGAGCCACACAAGAACGUCCUGCAAGACAUCAUUCCUCCUCGACGACACCUCCUCCGCCACCAACCUUCACAUGCUCAGAUUGGCCUUAUGGAUGGAAACACUUUCUGCACGACCUUGACCCCCCGUCUCUUUACCAUCGAUGUGUCCUUGGAUGAACACAAAACCUUCCUGAAAGACGUCAUUUUCAUCUGCGACCAGGACGACGCUAGCUUACUGAAAAAUCCAUGCUACAAGUCGCUUUCCAACUUGGUCACGAUUAGGAAAUCAGCCCUGAGAGCCCUUGCCGCUUGCCAUUACAUACCUGCCCAGAGAGAUGAGAUCUUUACUGUAUUGUACAAGGCACUCGAUAGGACAAAUACAGAACUUCAGGAAACGGCCUUCGAGUGCAUGAAACAGUUCAUCUCAGGCUACCAGGUCGAUGUAUCCAAGGUUCAUGCUCAAAUGAGACCUCUGCUGUGUACUUUGGGAGAUUACCGCAACCUCACACUCAAUGGCAUCAAACGUCUCUCUUAUCUCACUCUUCUCUUCCCGACCAGCUUCAACGAAAAGCUCUGCGAGCAACUUCUCCAGCACUUGCGUAAAAUGCUUGAAGUGUCCGUUGCCCCAGGUGGCAAGGUGGACACAGAGUUGGAGAAAAUGGCAGCUAUUGUGUCCAUGUUCCACCAGAUUCCAGCUGCCACAGCCAAGUGGUUGGACAAGCUGAGUAGAAUUGUAUUCCAAACCGAGCGCACUCUGCAAAUAGAAGCCAGUUCUCCCUUCCGAGAGCCUCUGCUUAAAUUUUUGCUUCGUUAUCCCAGUGAGACCAUCGUGCUGUUUUUGAAUGAUGCCAACAUCAAGGAGCAACAGUGGAGCAGAUACUUGGAAUAUGUUAUCAAGCACAAGGAUGGAGAGCCCAUUAGGGAGAUUCUGCAGAAUAGUACUUCCCGUCUAAUAGAAAUGGCUAAAGGAAUUGGGGUGAACGGCUUGGCCUUGGCAGACCCAGACCGCAAAGAAGUGGUUCAUCAAAGUGUCAGACUGACAUUUGUACUCUCUAAACUGAACGAAGAAUGGAUGUCCGAGCAAGCUUUGCUGAUUGAAACUCUGCUCGACAUUUGGUGCUCAACAGAAAUGCAGGCAGUAGCUGACAGUUCUGAGUACUGGCAGCAGCCAAGACUCUUGGUCAAGAUCCUCUUGCGCUACUUCUGUCAGCACACAGACAACAUAAACCUGCUCUUCCAACUUUUGAGAGCACUUUGCGGCCGCUACAUGCCGGACUUCUACUUCUUGAGGGAGUUCUUAGAAAAUACAGUUGCCCCAACAUACUCAGUUGAAUGGAAACGAAGCGCCUUCUUCUUAUUUGUCGACCUGUUUGUGGAUGCUCCAAAGAGUGGACAACACCCUCUGAGCCAGGAGCUGAAGGCCAAGAUUUUACAAUAUAUUCUCAUCCCAUGCUUCUCGUUCAGCUUUGAAAAUGGAGAAGGUGAGACACUGAUUGGAUCUCCAGCUGCCCCAGAACAGGACAACUCCGAUAAUGUUGUCAGUGUCUUCAUCAGUCAAGUAAUAGAUCCCGAAAAUCCUUUUGCAAACGCGGACUGUGUUCGGAUCCUACUGCUGCAAUUUUCUUGCCUGCUGGUCGAGCAAGCCUCACCGCACAUCCACGACGCGGCAAACAAACGGCAGGGUAACAAGCUUCGCAGGUUGAUGACCUUUGCUUGGCCAUGCCUUCUUGGCAAAAAUUGUGUUGACCCAGCAACUCGAUACCACGGACACUUGCUGCUUUCUCACAUAAUCGCGAAGUUUGCCAUCCACAAGAGAAUUGUUCUCCAAGUUUUCCAUAGUCUUCUGAAGGCUCAUGCACUGGAAGCAAAAACAGUGGUUAAACAAGCACUGGAAAUUCUCACCCCUGCCAUGCCUGUUCGAAUGGAAGACGGAAAUACUAUGCUCACACAUUGGACCAAGAAAAUUAUUGUUGAGGAAGGUCAUCUCAUGCCUCAACUGUACCACAUCCUGCAACUAGUUGUGCGUCACUACAAAGUUUACUAUCCCGUGAGACAUCAUUUGGUCCAAUAUAUGGUCACCUCCGUACAGAAGCUAGGAUUCAGCCCCACGCUUGCCAUGGAGCACAGGAAGCUUGCUGUUGAGCUUGCCGAAGUAGUGGUUAAAUGGGAACUACAGCGAGUGAGGGAUGAAACAGGUGAAAGUCCAGCCACCCCUCAGAGUGCAGCAAGCAUUGGAGAAAAACGACCAGCUUCCCAGUCAGACGAUGAGCCGGCUCGCAAGAGGCACACAUCAGGCAGUCUGCCCAAAGCAUUUGAAGGAAGUUCCAAACCCAUAGAAAAAGUUCACGCCGAUGCCAUUCUGAAUGUCCUCCUUCGCCUCGCUUGCCAAAUAAAUGACAGCCAGGGAGCAAACGCAGCUGCAGUUGCAGCAGGCCAGGCUUCACAGGGAGAGAUUCUGUCCAGACGGUGUGUUGCUCUCUUCAAAAUGGCCCUGAAACCUGACAUGUGGCCUCACUGUGACCUGCGACUCAUCUGGUUCGACAAACUUCUCUCGACCGCUAAUGCAACACCACAGCCCAAUAUUGCCAACAUUUGCACUGCUCUUGAGUUGCUGACUUACCUCUUGAGUGGAGUCUUUGUUCGUGAGCAAAUUCUGGCAACUUUCAAGCCUUUGCAGAGGGGACUGGCUGCUUGCAUGACAUGUUCUAACUUCAAGGUUAUUCGCCUUGUUCACGGGCUUCUUUCAAGACUCAUGAGCAUCUUUCCAACUGAAGCUGCAACUUCUCAAGUUGCAUCUCAGUAUGAAGAGUUGAAUGCUCUCUACGCCACCGUCAGCCGGGUGAUAUUCGAAGGGUUGGAGGCAUUUGACAAGAAUCCAAAUGCGUCUGUUUCAAGUUUGUUUGGAACCUUGAUGCUACUGAAAGCAGCCUGCAUCAGCAAUGUGUGCUACGUUGACCGUCUGAUCUCACUCUUCAUGCGUGUCCUGCAAAGAAUAACAAGGGACCAUUUGACACCGCAACAACAAACUCAGCCUGGUGCAGGAGAUAAUAACAGUCCAGUGGCCAAUGAGAUGCUGAUUGUCAGUCUGGACCUUCUGAAGGGCAGAGUAGGCGUGAUGGGAGUUGAAAUGAGGAAGAGCUUCAUUGGGGGCGUCCUUGUCGGCUUGAUCGAGAAAACUCCUGAUUCGAAAGUGAUGAGGGCCAUCAUCAAAAUGAUGGAGGAGUGGAUGAAGAGCAGAGACCCUCAGGUGAUCAACCAAGGUCCCUCCUUGCGAGAAAAGUCGAUACUGCUUGUUAAGUUAAUGCAGUACACAGAGAAAAGAUUCCCAGAAGAUGCUGAUCUGAAUGGAAACUUCUUGGAAAUUGUCAAUUUCAUUUACAGGGAUGACACUCUAAAGCAGACAGAGCUUGCCUCAAAACUAGAGCCAGCCUUCAUGAGUGGACUGAGGUGCAGCCAGCCAGCAAUUAGAACUAAAUUCUUUGAGGUGUUUGAUGCUAGCAUUAAAAAACGUUUGUACGAUCGGAUCCUUUACAUCAUCACUUCUCAAAAUUGGGAGACUAUGGGCCCACACUACUGGAUCAAACAAAGUGUUGAGCUACUUCUGGCCACUGCAGCCCCACACACUGAAAUUCGCACAUCAGCACCUUCAGUUGUGGUCCCCGGAGUUUGCAACUCGAUGACUGAGGACAAAGCUGCAAUAUCCAGCAUCAAAGAUGAGCCAGUGGAUGCGCAUGCUCAGGAAGAGAAAUAUGAAGAGAUUGACUUUGAACUUGGCGAGGAUGAACUACGAAAGCAGGAAAACUUGGAAAGGCCUGAUAGGCGUCAUGCGAUUCGUCUGCUCGUCGUUCGACAGACCAAGUUCCUCGAGUCGUGCCGUGAAAUUAAAACCGCUCACUUUUUGAACGCCACCUCGCAACUUUGCCACUUUGAAGUAAGUCUUGCCGAGAGAAUCUGGCUUGACUUGUUCCCCAGAGUGUGGAAGGUGAUGACGGACAAGCAACAGACAUCCCUUCAGGGAGAAAUCAUCCCCUUCCUCUGCAGUGGAGCUCACGUUAUUCAGCGAGAUUGCCACCCCAGCGCUUUAAACACAUUUGUUGAAUCUGUCGCCCUAUGUGAACCACCCAUCCCAAUUACACCGUGUCUGAUGACCUAUCUUGCUAAAACUCACAAUCUCUGGCAUCGGAUGGCUUUAAAUCUGGAGAGACUUGCGUUUGAUCCCAUCUAUGCUGCCAAAAUGAUUGAAGAAAAGCCUGCUGACUGCUAUGACUUUGAACCGACUUCUGCUUUAGCAGUGCCUCAGAAGGAGUCAAUGGACGCAUUAUCAGAUCUUUAUUGGAAUCUCUGUGAAGAAGAUCUUUGGGCUGGUCUCUGGCAAAAGCAUUCUCACUUCAAGGAAACCAGUGUGGCCAUUGCGUGGGAGCAACAAGGCUAUUUUGAGCAAGCUCAGGCCACUUAUGAGGCAGCAAUGAAACUGCUGAAAGAUGAAAAGGUCAUGAGCACACCACAAGCCCAAGCUUCGAUCCAAAGAGAAUCUGCACUUUGGGAAAAGCACUGGAUUAGGUGCUCAAAGGAGCUAAACCAGUGGGAGCAACUGCUGGAGUUUGGCAAGAGUAAUGUGGGCAGCAAUGCACAGCUCCUGUUGGAGAGUUCGUGGCGCGUUCCAGACUGGGCCCUCAUGAAGGACUGUUUGGUCCAGGUGGAGCAGAACUGUCCUAAGGAGCUUCAGUGGCAACUGCAUCUCUACAGAGGCUACCUGGCUGUAUGCAACACAGACGAACAGCACCUCGGUCUCAUCGAUCGUCAUGUGGAGGCCUCAAGUGCUCUUUGCAUGCGAGAAUGGCGCAGACUGCCCCGAGUUGUUUCGCACAUACAUUUGCCUCUUUUGCAAGCUGCACAACAGAUUAUGGAGCUCCAAGAAGCUGCUCAAAUUCACCAAGGAUUCAUUCAUGCCCGACCAACCUCCUUCCAUGACAUGAAAGCCAUUGUCAAAACGUGGAGGAAUCGGCUACCAGUUGUUGCGGACAAUCUCAGUCACUGGAGUGACGUUUUCACUUGGAGGCAGCAUCAGUACCAAUUUAUAGCAAACCACUUCAGUCAAGGAGGGGAAAGCCAGCCUCAAAACAACCACGCUAUAAUAGGAGCACACUCUUCUGCGUCUGCCAUCAUCACCUUUGGCAAAGUAGCUCGCAAGCAUGGCCUGGUCAACGUGUGUAUAAACUCGCUCUCUCGAAUAUACACCAUACCAUCUGUGCCAGUGAUGGACUGUUUCCAGAAGAUACGUCAGCAAAUCAAAUGCCACCUGCAGCAAGGUGGACCUAAAGAACUGGCAGAAUGCCUUGAGCUGAUCGAAAGCACCAACUUGACCUUCUUCACGAAAGACAUGACGGCUGAGUUUUACGCCAUCAAGGGUCUUCUGUUGGCCAAGUCAAAUCGCUCCGACGAAGCAAACAAGGCUUUCUCUGCAUCAGUACAACUCUUCGACACUCUGGCUAAGGGCUGGUCUCUGUGGGGAGAGUAUCUGGAAGGUGUGUUUGUGCAGCACAAAGAUGACAAACAACUUGGAGUGGCUGCCAUCGCUUGUUUCCUGAAUGCUUGUCGUCACCAAAACGAGAGCAAAUCUCGCAAAUACCUGGCAAAGGUUUUGUGGCUGUUGUCCUAUGAUGACUCAAGAGGCCUCCUUGCAGAGGCCAUUGAAAAAUACUCAACACAAGUUCCCCCUCUUCAGUGGCUGCCAUGGAUUCCGCAGCUCCUGACUUGCCUGGUUACUCAAGAAGGCAAAGUGGUGCUGAACUUGCUUAGUCAGGUUGGAAAAAUGUUCCCUCAAGCAGUCUACUUCCCGAUACGUACCUUAUACCUAACUCUCAAGAUCGAGCAAAGAGAGCAUGUUAAAUUCAUCGAGAGUGUGGAACAGAAAGCUGCAGCCAGCAAAGCCAAUGAUGGAAGUGGAAGUCAGCCAGAAACUAAGAAGCAGACCGAGAACACAAUCCCCAUCAGAGCAACCCCUCCGAUGUGGCGCUGUUCGCGAAUCAUGCACAUGCAGAGGGAAAUACAUCCCACCGUCCUGGCUUCUCUCGAGGGCAUUGUGGACCAGAUGGUUUGGUUCAGAGAAUCAUGGUAUGAGGAAGUUCUGCGGCAGCUCCGCCAAGGUUUGGCAAAGUGCUAUGCCCUUGCUUACGAGAGUCGAGGAGAUGUCAACGAAGCUAAAAUCACACCACACACGCUGAACUUUGUCCGCAAACUUUCUUCAACUUUUGGCAUAGGAGAAGUGCAAGCAGGGCCUAGUGCACCUGGAAACACUCUGUACUCGGCUUCCUCGGAAAGUCUGGCCAAGAGGACGUUGGCCACCGUUCAAGAUCCUGUGUUUCACAAAAUGAAGGAGCAAUUCAAGAAGGAAUUCGAGUUUUCCGCACCAGAAACUAUGGGACUGCAUAAUUUGAUCAAUAAACUCAAAAAGUGGAUUAAGACUCUGGAAAAUAAGGCCAAAAUUCUGCCAAAGUCAUUCCUGAUUGAGGAGCGAUGUCGUUUCCUAAGUAACUUCUGUCAGCAAACAGCCGAAGUUGAGCUGCCUGGAGAAUUACUUCUCCCUAAACACGCACAUUAUUAUGUGAGAAUUGCCCGAUUCAUGCCAAGAGUGGAGGUUGUCCACAAACACAAUGCUGCCGCGCGACGAAUGUACCUGAGAGGCCACAACGGUAAAAUCUACCCUUACCUGGUUGUGAAUGAUUCUGGAUUGGGAGAGGCAAGAAGAGAGGAGCGUGUUUUGCAACUCCUCAGACUCCUCAACUUAUUCUUAGGAAAGAAAAAGGAAACGUCAAGAAGGUUCCUGCACAUCACAGUGCCAAGAGUGGUCCCAGUCUCUCCUCAGAUGCGUCUGGUAGAGGACAAUCCUGCUUCUCUAGCGCUGAUGUCUAUCUUUAAGCAGAAACUCGCAUCAAAAGGAAUGGAUCCUGAUAGCCCAAUUGCUCAUUACUAUGACAAACUGAAGGCAAUCCAGAGCCAGGGUCAACAAGCAAGUCACCCAAUGCUGCUCAACCUGAUGAAGGAAAUUCAAAACACAAUGGCUUCACCUGAUUUGCUCAAAGAAUGGGCGCUCACCAGCUUUCCUCAAGCCACAGAGUACUGGACGUUCAGAAAAAUGUUUACUGGACAAAUGGCUCUUGCUGGAUUGAUGGAAUAUGUUUUGCACUUAACUCGGCUGAACCCUGACAUGAUCUACAUUCAUCAAGACACGGGGCUGAUCAACGUAGCCUAUUUCAAAUUUGACGUUGACGACACGACAGGAGAUUUGAUGGCCAAAAGACCAGUGCCAUUCCGACUGACACCCACUUUGGCAGAGUUCAUCACAACUGUUGGCAUCAAUGGACCUUUGACGGCGAGUAUGGUUGCUGCUGCCAGGUGCCUGGCACAACCCAGUUUUAAAAUUAUCAACAUCCUUCGAGCCAUUCUGAGGGACGAAAUGAUCAGCUGGCACAAAAAGAACCAAAUGCUCCAAAAGCAUGAGGAACGAUCAUCACAAGACUUGAUGCCCCCGCCCUUGGAGGGAGAGCAACUGGUUGCCACAGUUUCGAAAGCUGCAAAUGAUAUCUGCAAACGUCUCAAUUGUUUGGCAAAUCUUGAAACGCCUCAAGCAUCUGCUACUGGCGAAGCACUGCCUCAUGCUGACAAGCUUAUAAGCGAAAGGGUUGGAACCCUAGUAACAGCUGCCAGCAGCUCUAAUAAUUUAUGCAGAAUGGACCCUGCAUGGCACCCUUGGUUAUAAAUUACGAUUUUCUAAGUGUAUUUAUAUCAGUUGUAUGGCUGAAGUAAUUUAAGUAUUUUAUAAUAAAUAAUAAUCGCUAUGUGCGGAUUUUGUGAACCAA